AUGCUGAUAAGGUGCUGUGCACGAAGCUUUCAGAGUUCUCUUGCACGCCCGCGUACUCUACAUAGAUUGAUCCCGCUGAUUCCUGCCGCUUACUUGCGUAUGAGCCAGCCCACCGAACAACCGCCAGCCGCACCAGCCCCCCCUGCGGGCGGCGACCCACCGUCUGAGGGCCCGUCCAAGUCGGCACUGAAGAAGGCAGCCAAGUUGGCUGAAAAGCAGGCCAAGUCGUCUGCCAAGAAUGCUCUCAAGGCGGAGAAGGGCCCCGCUCCUGCGUCUGGCUCGGGUGCUAAGAAGGAGAAGGCCAAAAAAGAGACCAAAGACGAGCCGGCGUGGGUCGAUACGACGGUGCCUGGCGAGAAGAAGGACCUGUCCUCGCCUAUGGAGAAUGGAUACAAUCCGCUGCAUGUUGAGUCGUCAUGGUACGCAUGGUGGGAGAAGCGUGGCUUUUUCACUCCUCGUGACGAUGAGCCGUGCGACCCCGCCAAGACGUUUGUGAUUCCAUUGCCGCCACCGAAUGUGACGGGUCUUUUGCAUAUUGGACACGCGCUCACUAUUUCUAUUCAGGACGCGCUGAUCCGCUUUUACCGCAUGAAGGGCUACCGCACGCUCUACGUCCCCGGCUUUGACCAUGCUGGUAUUUCGACGCAAACGGUGGUGGAAAAGCGCCUGGCCAAGACGGAGGGCAAGUCUCGCUACGACUAUGGCCGUGAGGCGUUCUUGGAAAAGGUCUUUGAGUGGAAGGACCAGUACCAGUCGCGCAUCUCGAAUCAGAUGCGCCGCCUCGGUGCGAGUUUCGACUUUUCGCGCGAGGCCUUUACCAUGGACGAGUCUCGGAGCGCUGCUGUCACGGAAAACUUUUGCAAGCUGUUUGAAGACGGCAUUCUGUACCGUGAGAACCGCCUGGUCAAUUGGUGUGUGUACCUGAACACGACGCUCUCGAAUCUCGAGGUGGUGCAGAAAACGCUUCCCGGUCGCACCCUCAUGAACGUGCCUGGCUAUCCACCGAACGAGCGCAUCGAAUUCGGUGUGAUUGUGUCGUUUGUGUACCCCGUGGUGGGUUCAGACGAAAAGAUUGUCGUGGCCACGACGCGUCCUGAGACGAUUCUCGGUGAUACGGCCGUGGCUGUGCACCCUGAUGAUGAGCGGUACAAGCACUUGCACGGCAAGAUGCUGCAGCAUCCGUUCAUUCCCGAGCGCCAGGUGCCUCUAGUGACAGACUCCAUUGCCGUUGACAUGGCGUUCGGCACGGGUGCCGUCAAGAUCACGCCAGCACACGACCCGAACGACUAUGAUGUGGGCAAGCGCCACAACCUGCCGUUCAUCAAUAUCCUGAACGAUGACGGCACGCUGAACGCGAACGCUGGCGAAUUCCAGGGUAUGAAGCGUUUCAGCGCGCGCCGCGCCGUCGUCGAAGCACUCAAGGCCAAGGGCUUGUAUGUCGAGACCAAGGACAACCCCAUGGUGGUGCCUGUGUGUGAGCGCUCUGGUGAUGUGAUCGAACCGGUCAUGAAGCCUCAGUGGUGGGUCAACUGCCAGCCGCUCGCCAAGGCCGCUGUCGAAAAGGUCCAGAGCGACAACAUGGUGAUUGAGCCACCGCAAAGCAAGCGCGAGUUCUUCAGGUGGAUGGAAAACAUCCAGGACUGGUGCGUGAGUCGGCAGCUGUGGUGGGGCCACCGUGUCCCGGCGUACUUUGUCGACAUGGAGGGCGUUGAGCAGGACCCUGCCGACGGCCAGUGGUGGGUCGUUGGCCGUACGCAGGCCCAGGCUGAGGAACGUGCGACGGAGAUGGCUCAGGGCCGGGCAUUUACACUCAAGCAGGAUGAGGAUGUGCUGGAUACAUGGUUCUCGUCCGGUCUGUGGCCCUUCUCGACGCUCGGCUGGCCGCAGAAGGACGCCAAGGACAUGCAGCACUACUACCCGACAUCCAUGCUGGAGACAGGUUGGGACAUUCUGUUCUUCUGGGUGGCUCGUAUGAUCAUGCUCGGUGUGCACCACACUGGUCAAUUGCCGUUCAAGGAGGUGUUUUGCCAUGCCAUGGUCCGCGAUGCGCACGGCCGUAAGAUGAGCAAGUCGCUGGGCAACGUGAUCGAUCCGAUCGACGUGAUCGAGGGCAUUUCGCUCGAGGGACUUCAUCAGCGCCUGCGUGAGGGCAACCUGGACGAGAAAGAAAUCAACAAAGCCGCACAGGGUCAAAAGAAGGACUAUCCCCGCGGCAUUCCGCAGUGUGGCACCGAUGCGUUGCGCUUCACGCUAUGUGCCUACACAGCUGCCGGCCGCGAUAUCAACCUGGAUAUCAUGCGUGUGGAAGGCUACCGCAAGUUCUGCAACAAGCUGUGGAAUGCUACGCGGUUUGCGCUCCUCAAGCUGCAGGAUGGCUACCAGCCUCUGUGCCUCGCGGACCAGGACAAGUUUGUGCCGCAAAGCCUCGUGGAGAAGUGGAUCCUGCACCGCUUGAACCAGACCGCGCAGCAACUCAACCAGGACAUGCUUCAGCGCUCGUUCAUGAGCGCCACGAGCUGCGUGUACAACUUUUGGCUGUACGACCUGUGCGAUGUGUACAUUGAGGCCAUCAAGCCGAUCACAGAUGCGGGUGCUGAUCCAAGUGCACGUCUGUCGGCGCAGCACACGCUGUACGCAUGCCUGGACGCUGGUCUCAAGCUCUUGCAUCCCUUCAUGCCCUUUGUCACUGAGGAGCUGUGGCAUCGCCUGCCGCAACGUCCGCAAGAGACUGCCGAAACGAUCGCUCAUGCCCGCUUCCCUGAAUGGCAAGCGGUGCAUGACUUUGGUAAAGAGGCCGCGCACUUUGACGACGUGUUUGCGACUGUGCGCGCUGUGCGUGGACUCGCCGCUGACUACGGUCUCACCUCGCAGAUCCAGGCAUUUGUCGAGGUGCCGAACAACGAGUACCGUGCUGUGCUCGAGUCCCAGUGCAGUGUGAUGCACACGCUCAUCAAAGGCUGUGAGAAGAUUGUGUGUGUUCCCGCGGCUUCGGACGUACCGCCUGGCUGCGUCGUGGCAAGUGUCUCUUCGAGCAUCCAGGUACACCUGCUCGUCAGUGGCCUGGUCGACUUUGAUCAGGAGCUGAGUAAGCUGGCCAAGAAGCUUACGCUGAACGAGACGCAGCUGCAGCGCACUACAGCUCUGACGCAAAAGCCUGACUGGUCCAAGACACCUGAAGACGUGCGUGCCCACACGCAAAAGCGGCUGGAUGAUUUGGAGGCCGAAAAGGCGGCGCUGCUCCAGGCGCAGGCCAACUUUGACAAGCUCCGUAGCUCAGCCUAG